GAACAUUGGUUUUGUUUGCCUCAACGAAUAAUUAUAAUGGAUGCCAGGUACAUACCAAACCCCAGAUCACAGACACUUCUCAAAGUGUCAAUUGUGUGCCACUUUAGAACAGUCCGCCCUACAGCUACUUAGUGCUUCGUGCAUCUUCGUUACACAUCGUGAGCUCGCACCAUCUGCGUGAGAGCCAGGUUACACACAUCCUGACGCAGCCUACAAGUCUGCCAUCGCAACCAAACCAACGACCAGAAGCUAGCAAGUUGUCCUGACCUGAACUGAACUGUGCUCCAAGUUCAGGAUGAUUGGGGCAGAGAGAUGUCAGAUCAUAGUUGGGCUGGUCCCCUUGCUCCUCCUAACACUGGGGGCGCUGCACCUGCACGACUGUCCCAAGGAACCCAUGGUCCCCAAAUAUAUCAUCGUGGGGUCAUCCUUCUUCCUGGCCUUGCAGCUCCUGGCUCUCCUUGGCUGCGCUCAAGCCUGUAUUUACCUAGUACUGCUCAUCCUCCUCUUCCUCUUCAUCUGGCUAAUUACAGGUAGCGUUUAUGUCUAUGGAGCCUUCAAACCGGACUUUGAGUCGCGGCGCUCGCCGGACUACUGCGAGAAGAUCCUGUACGAGGCUGCUUUCUGGUGCACCAACCUGGCAUGGGUCACCAUCGCCGUGUUUGGGACUAUGGCAUGUUGCCGUCAAAUAUGCUUGUACUGUUUGAGAGACAAGGAAGAAGACACUGAGGCAGGAACCCCUGAUCCAGAGGAGAAGGAGGAAACGGAGGAGAAGGAGGAGAAGGAGAAUCUCGUAACGCCUGGUGGUGUGGACGAAGAGGCUGGAGGAGUUUCCCCUAAGGAGCAGGAGAAGGAGAACCUGGCAUCACCUGGUGUAGAGGCAGAGACUGGAACAGCUUCUCCUAAGGAGGAGAAGGAGAAGGAGAAGGCAACGCCUAAUGGUGUGGACAACGAGAACAAGGCAAAUUCAGCUCCUCCAGACGAGGUCACAAAGUUGCCUCAGACCCCUCCCCAGGACACCCCAGCGGAAACACCCAAGCUAUAUCCAGAUGUGGCCACCGUGGAGUCGGAAACUAAAGAUUAGUGUCGCCUAUUUCAUCUUAUGCAGUUCUACCUCUGCACCAAUAACCCUAUUCUCCAGCUUGCUUAAGAUCAGUUGAACCGGUGAAAAUUUCGAAAUAAUGUGUAGUGCCAACAGCAUAGAUUCAGAAGAAAAAUUGACCAUUAUAGUACAGUCGACGGGAGAAAAAAUUGCUAAAUUGUGCACCUUUAGUGAAAGCAAGAGACUUUGCACAGUGAUUCCUCAGAAAAUAUGAGUGACAUUUAGAAAUGGAGACAUUUAUAAAAUGGCAGCCAAAUCAAGACGCCCAUUUUGCGAUAUGCUAUCAUUUUCUUUAAAAUAGAAAAGUUGACACUUUCAUUUAUAUGUAUAAAGCUUUAGUAUUAAUAUUAGCAAUUGAUACAGAAUGUACAUGUAGGCUACUGAUAUGUCACAGCCAAGUAUGGUGCCUACUAAAGUGGCUAGUGAGACUGGAAUUACCACUAGCCGCAGCCAAGUUUUACCAGCAUUUGUCCGGUGGGCAGGUGCUAAUGUCAAGCCCUGGGUCCUGCUGACAACACUGUGUACAUCUGCAUAGCCAAGACACGGCAGAUCCUGUGGACUCAAGAUGGCGCUGUAAAUGGCAGCCUCUGUGAGCCACUGUCUUAUGUUUCAUUUGUAGAGAGCUCAAAUCUGGCGCCUCCACAGAUUUUUUUAAUUUGUAGCGGAAGAGCCCAACACAGAUUCUUGACGGUGUCACCACUGUAUAUUUGGCUUGCUGACUUUUUGGCACUGAGCUCUUCCUCUACUGAAAUAUGAUACAUUUGGCUCUACACAUAUUACCUGCCUAUAAUUUCUAUUUCUAGUAGUCCAGUAUUAUGAAAUAAUCAAUUCACAAAGGAAAGAUAAUCGUUCUUUGUGCUUUGUGUUAUGUUUAUCAGUGAAUGAGUUGUGUUUGCCUCAAAUGGCUAUCACAACUGAAUUUAGUCUGGCCUACUCACUUUGUCAACCAAAGGGUGUGUCUAGCUUAUGUUCAUGAAAUACCUCCGUACCCUACUGGUUGAAGUUACAAUCGAUCAGAUCACCCAUGCCUUCACUCACCCUCUAACAGAUCUGGCGAGUCAUUGCCUUAAACAAGCCCGGUUGGUUGUCUUAGAUAGUGUGACUACCUUGAGAAGCGAAACUUUGUGCGGGCCCAGGCUGUCAGUAUGGACGGGCCCAGGCUAUCAGAUCAUGGCCUAAUGAUGCACACCAUUCCACAGGGAGGAACGCUUUACUGUUGGUUGAAAACACGUCACUACCAUAGGACUAAACCACUAUGCCACUACACAGAGCCUCUUCAGUCAUGCAUUACGGCGUGGUGAUUGGCAUUCUGGUAGCAACAAACUUUAAGUAUUUCUACACAUGGCUCAUGGAAGAUGAAUGUUUUAGUUACAGUUAGGAAGGACAGUACCAUGCACUAAAACAGGACUGUGUUGUAAAAAUUAACCAGAAGUACAGUAUUAGCAGAAUGUACAUAGAAAGUAAGUGGUCAUAAUGUUGUUUAAGUAUAUGCAUGUGCUUUUGGAAAUAGUUAGACGAUUGUAAUGAAUGCCAGCUAUCCUGACUUUAAGUCAGAAUACUAGUGAAACUAGUGGAUAUACCCUAUGCUACAGAUUGAAUUAGCAGCCCAGAUUUUAGUUCACUUUCUGCCUUCUUCCCAACCCAGAGGUGGAAUGGGAAGGAAAGGUAACAGAUCAAGGGGUGGGCCACUCGUUUGGAUAGCAGCAUGGGUCCACUUUCCUGCACCGUCCCACAAAUCUACCCAUGCACCAGGUUCACAAAACUCGAAAAUGUGCACAAAGGAAUUUGUGGGCUUUAUCAACAAUCGUUAUAAUAAUCGUUAUCGACAAACGUUUUGGAACCUCGGAUUAAGGCUCCAACAUGAGCAAUCAGAGACGUUAACCUGGCCCACUAGCCAACGCUAGAUGCAUGUGAUGUUGUGUGUUUGGUGCCCCCUAUAGACGACCAUAGAUGGACAAACACACACAAACAGACAGUCAUUGCAAUACCAAAUACAAACCCCCUCUGGGGUGCCAGGUAAAAACAUGUGCAUAUGCUACAGCCUUUGCACUUUUUUUUACUACCGUUACCUGUUGAAUGAGAAUCUUAAGAUAAAACUUGAAAAUGCUCUUCUUGAUUCUACUCUACAGUAUAAAAUUGCUAGGAAACCCCAGUGUUUAUUCAAUUUGUUGUAGAUAAUGUUUUCAGACUCAGCAUUUCUUUGCCUACCCACAAAAAUGUUCAAACUGUCAAGAGGCAAAUAAUAGAACCCUACUUCGUAUAAUGGUCUCUCAGUCAUGAUUUUCAGACACAGAAGAUCUCCAAUGAAGAUGAAAGGUGUUUUAGGACAAAUAAUUCAAGUAAAGAAACAACAUUUCGGUCAUUCAGAUGACCGAAACGUAGCCUAUUAAAGUUUGUUGGUGGAAUGGACAGUGUGCGGGAUUUCUUUACACUUGAAUGACAACCCCACUGGGAUAAUGUCCUACACACCUGAUGUACAUCUGAUGUACUGUUUGUAUGAUUAUUUAUCAGCUAAAGAGUUUAAAAUACUCAUGGUUACUACAUAGGGCCUACAUGGCUUUAGGAGAAACAGAUCAGAAAAAAUCAGUAAGAUGAUAUGUAUUUCUGAGGGACAAGAGUAAGACUGUUGAUAAAAUAAAUAUUUCCGUAGUUCAGACUUUGAACUCCUGCCAGUCCACAUUGUAUAGUGGCACUUACCUGUUACCUCCACAUCUCCAAGAUGCCUUUCUCACUUGAUGUCCUUCUGUAUAAUUAGGUUUAGUAAUGAGACAGUGACAUUACAGCAUGUAACUGUAGAAGGGGAGCGCGGUAAUCACUUGCCACUACCUCUAUGUCUAAAGCAGAACAAUGGGAACUUCACACCUAUCAGAUGUUGAAGAAAAAAAAAACGCAUCACAGCCAUUUUUGCUGUGUCUUUUUAGCACUCAAAUUAGAGCAGGACGAAGAUGACAUGAAACUGUUAAAAGAAAUUGUGUACUUUUAAAUGCAAUUGGCUAGCUGAGGAUAGAUCAUCCUCAUGAAACACGCAAACUAGACCUGACCUUUUGACGUGCCAAUUUUCUGUUUGCACCUACAUUUGCCUUAAAUAUUUAAAUGCUGCUUAUUUGGUGUAUGGUUUUGAACAAAAUUUGCAGAUUCAAUAUUCUUGUGGAGACUUCAUUCUGUUAUGUGUGGAUAUGAAAUAUUAUUAAAAGCUGUUAAAAAAACAUUUAAUUGUUGGAAUUUACUUAUUUUACGUGACCAACCUAAUUAUAGAGUACUCUGAAUAGCUCUCAUAUUGUGUUC